ACGGAGACCACUGAAAAGCAACCUCAAGCCCAACAAGCACUCCAGGAGACUAUUGACUAUUGAACCCAAAGAAUCAUCAAACCAAAAGACCAGCAUGAAACCUAAGCCCACACAAGUGAAGGCAAGAUACUUAGAACAGAAGCCGCCUACAGAGAAGCUGCCCCCAAUCCAGACGCCUCAGGAGGGGAGCCAACUGGAGGAGGCAGUAAAAUAUGAGCUGACCAGCAAGCAGUCACGCGAACUCAAGCUGUUCCAGGCAGGGGACAUGCAGGGCAAGAUCGGGUCCCCAGUGCGCGUUCCGUACACCGGCCCUCUGCAGUAUCGUAUCGUGACCGUCUACAACUUUAGGCAGGAGCUGGUGGCGGGGGGAAGGGACAUGCCGGACCGGGACGCUGUGCAGGCCCAUGUGCAGCUCUUCAAACAUCACCCGCUUCUGAGGGGUUACACCAGCAUCCUUGCAUUCGACCCGGACUCGAAAUCCUUUCAGUGGCGUGCGCAGGGCGGAACUGGUUCCUCCACGGAAGUUGAUAAAGUUGACAACCGGCCCACUUCCGGUCGGUGUCGGCCCUUCACCGCCGGACCAGACAGAUCGUCCAUCUCUGCGAAGCAGCCAGUCAGUCCUUUCCAGUACCAGAAAUUAGUCGCUUUUGGUUUCCGCCCAGUACCCUCUGUGCAGUACCUAAUACAGACUCAACUCGGAGUUCCCGUACGAAGUACCCAGUUCGAUCCCCUUGAUAUCCGGUCGGCGCAACCAGGCGUCAACACCCGCUGGGUGGUCGAAUUGUGUACUACAGCGGAUAUGACAAAAGCAAUACAGUCGGGACUUCAAGCGGGCACGUGCAAGCUGGUGUUUUACCCGCACGAUGACAUCACUAGACGGGAAACCGCGGCCUAUAUAAACUACAUGGAGGUUGUAAACGCGCAUGCGCAGGUCGGGCUACCGUAACCUCGUGAAGAGGCCAGUACGACCUGUAAAUAAACUCUGAAACACACACACGUAAACGCGCAUGCAGUGAUAGCGGAUUCUGCUGAUUAUUCAGUGUGCGGGAAACUUAAAACACGCAGUUUCCAGCGGUUUAUGCCACUCGCAACCUUAAAGCUAUCAUGAAGAUCAAUAAAUGGAAGUGACUUUUUGAAACUAUGUGACUAUGUUCUUAUGUUUAUUUAUGUCAUUUGGAAUAUGUACAAUAACAUGUACCAGAAAUGACUCGAUUGUUUAAGUCAGGUACAGAUUGAAGUGGGAAACUUACAUAACCGUCAUUUCAAUUCAAACAUACAAAUACCUUAAAGACAAAAAUACGCUUUCCUUUUGUUGUUGAAGUUUUUGUUUGUUAUGAAUAGAAUACAUGUAUUGGUAAUAAUAACUUGUAACAUAUUGAAUCAUUUCCCACUUCAAACACAAAGUUAUAUCAUGUAUACAUUAAACAGAUUUAGAACAAAUAUUUAUCAGCUUUGUUGUCAAGACAUUUUAUUUUAAGCCCUCCCCGUCAGACAAAUUUUGUAGACACAUUUGUGGACGGACCUACAAACUGACAGACAGACAUGAUGAUGGACAAAGGGUUAGGGACCUACCAACUGACAGACAGACAUGAUGAUUGUCAAAGGGUUAGGGACCUACCAACUGACAGACAGACAUGAUGAUGGACAAAGGGUUAGGGACCUACCAACUGACAGACAGACACGAUGAUGGACAGAGGGUUAGGGACCUACCUACUUACAGACAGACAUGAUGAUGGACAGAGGGUUCGGGGCCUACCUGCUUACAGGCAGACAUGAUG